AUGGCGAGUGCUGCCCGAACGAAGUGCAAUGCAUCUACGGCUCGUCGUGCCAUGACCCGCAAGACUCCACUUGCUGCGAAGAUGACUCCAUGA